AUGCGGACAAUCUUUCCAAGCAAUUUAAACUUUUCUGUUGUUACGGACGAAUCUGUUGAGUCGGAAGAACCUGUUGUCACGGACGAAUCUGUUGAGUCAUCGGAAUCUGUUGUUACAGAUGAUUCUGUUGUUACAGAUGAUCCUGUUGCUACUGACGAAUCUGUUGAGUCAUCAGAAUCUGUUGUUACAGAUGGUUCUGUUGUUACGGACGAAUCUGUUGAGUCAGAAGAACCUGUUGUUACAGAUGAUUCUGUUGUUACGGACGAAUUUGUUGAGUCAGAAGAACCUGUUGUUACAGAUGAUUCUGUUGUUACGGACGAAUCUGUUGAGUCGGAAGAACCUGUUGUUACAGAUGAUUCUGUUGCUACUGACGAAUCUGUUGAACCGGAAGAACCUGUUGUUACAGAUGAUUCUGUUGUUACAGACGAAUCUGUUGAGUUGGAAGAUCCUGUUGAUACAGAUGAUUCUGUUGUUCCUGACGAAUCUGUUGAAUUGGAAGAACCUGGUGUUACAGAUGAUUCUGUUGUUACAGACGAAUCUGUUGAAUCGGAAGAACCUGAUGUUACAGAUGAUUCUGUUGUUACGGACGAAUCUGUUGAGUUGGAAGAUCCUGUUGAUACAGAUGAUUCUGUUGUUACUGACGAAUCUGUUGAAUUGGAAGAACCUUGUGUUACAGAUGAUUCUGUUGUUACGGACGAAUCUGUUGAAUCGGAAGAACCUGAUGUUACAGAUGAUUCUGUUGUUACGGACGAAUCUGUUGAGUUGGAAGAUCCUGUUGAUACAGAUGAUUCUGUUGUUACAGACGAAUCUGUUGAAUUGGAAGAACCUUGUGUUACAGAUGAUUCUGUUGUUGCGGACGAAUCUGUUGAGGCGGGAGAACCUUGUGUCACAGGCGAAUCGGUCGAGUCGGAUGAAACUGUUGUUACAGAUGAUUCUGUUGUUAGGGACGAAUCUGUUGUCACAGACGAAUCUGAUGAAUCAGAUUGAGAUGUCAUCGAGCCAGAUUGAGUUGUAAUGGCGACAGUUGUAGUUGUUGUGGCGACAGUUGUAGUUGUUGUUAUUUGUUGUGUUUUCACUGAUUCAUUUGCGCUGUAGUUUUUGAAAGGACCAUCUACGGCUUGGACAAUGGCAGCAACAAGGAGUGGUCCGUAUGUAUUUGAUACUUCGACUUCAGAUUGCGAGUCGGUCUUGAAGACAAGAACCACAAUGACAAUGACACUCCCAUUC